AUGGAUACACCGCCUGCCAACGACUCAAUGUUCUACUCACCGACGUUUAAACGUUACGAGUCGAUAUCUUUCUAUGCCAACCUGCUCAGCAUACUGAGGCAGUACUCUCAUAUCGUGGACAAGUGUCCAUCGUCUAUUAGACGCAUGGUCUGGACUCAUGUGUUCCAGCUGCUCGGCCAGGAGCCACGCCCCUGUGACAUGCCCUUCACGCCAGUGAUCAACGCAUGGCUGGGCGAGAAGUCCGUCGACCUGAUGGACAUUGAGACCUACUUUGCCGCCUUCACCCAAGCUCAGAUGGAGAACGCCAAGCAGUUCCCAGCACUCCCACCCGUGCAGCCACAAUUCUCCAUCCCAGGUCUCACCGCGCCAUCCACCAGUGUGCGCGUUCCAAAGAAUCAACUGUCCAUGGCGACUCCUUCGUCCACUGCCUCAGCUUCGGCCUCUGGCUCUGGCUCCAUGAAUAGCUCAACCCCGUCCAGUCCAAGCCAUCCCGUUAAACAAACGGUAAAGCAACAAUCCAAGGCCACAAAGCAACAGCCACUGUCUCUUCCACAACCACAACCUCAACAACAACAACAACAAUGUGUUGCCAAUCAGAAGCCACCAUCAGUAUGGUCCACAGACCUUCCUUCAGUUCUCUCACAACUGGCCUUGCUGCAAACAUGGUCGCCAAGUUUGUCGCGCUUCACAAGCAAGCAGCGCGACCUCGUCUGGAAGAUAUGCUGCUCAUUCAAACACUUUACAAACUAUGACAAGUCUUCGCUGUCCAAGACGAUCUACUCGUGGACGGUCGACCCCAUCCCCAACAUGGUGCACAUCACCAUCCUGUUCUCAGCACUCGGCUAUCUGAAGGAGAACGGUGCCAUCCCAGGCGACUUUAACUACAACGAAUCGUCGAUGCCCGUCUUUGAAGAGGCUGCCGCGUCAGGCAGUGGCCGCAGCCAUGGUGCAGCGGGUUCAGCCUCGUCGCCAAUGUACGACUUGUCGAGCGACGACACGCCAGACUCUUUCUCCAUGGAGUCCCCGCCAUCGUCCCCUCGCCCCAUGGUGCCUAACCAGCAGCAUAGAUCCCUCUCCCCUUCCCAGACUUCCUCCACACUCUCUUCACCCGGCACACCAUUUGCCGAGCUUAUCGCCUCGCCCUCACGCAACAACAACACCAAGUCCAAAGACUUUCCCAACACAAUUUUAUCGAUGAGCAGUUACUCAUCAUCAUCGUCCUCCUCCUCUUCCUCCUCGACACUUCCUCCAUUCUCCUCCAAUGUACAUAGCUCAUCCAACAACAACACAUCAUCAUCAUCAGCCUCAGUCCCAUUCAACAAUCAAAUUGGUUUGCCAAAGAUGCACUCGGCAUCUGCGCCAUUCGAGCACUUUAACAGCACGAUGGGUAUGUUUGACUUCAAGAAACGCAAGUCAGUGGAGGGUCCCAACUUCCAUGACCUGACCUCAGCCACCCCAAGUCCCGCUUCCGACACUCCGCCCCUGAUAUACGUGGCACGUCCAUCACAUCAACAGGAUCACUCUCCACCCACUGUGGACCACUCUCCACGCGGCAGUGGCCAAGUACUGUUGGCUCGCGAAACAUCACAAUCACCCGAGAAGCGACUUAGAAGGAGCAGCAACAGCAGUAAUGAUGGAAAGGAGCAGUCCUCCAACGAUGAUCAGGACUACACAUCAUCGUCUUCGUCUGACCAGCGGUCAUCCAUCAAUUCGAUCCUUUGCACAUAG